GUUUUUUCGUUCUCGAUUGCUGAUUUUGCUCGGUCGUGAUUUCGCUGAUGUCGGGGGCAUUUUUUCAGCACGUGAAAAUUUAAACCAUAAACGGAAUUGCAAGAUAAAUUGCGAUCAUUCAGACGAUACAGGAACCUAAAUAAUCCAAGUAAAUUACAAAGGAAUCGAAGGAAAACAACAUAGCGAAAUAUUUUUCACUCCAUAUAUUCUUCAACACAGCAUCAAAUUUGUUAAAAUUUUUAAUUGAAAAUGCCUUCCGAUGCCAAGAAACGCGAUGCGCAGCGCAAAAAGGACGCGCGUAACAAGAAAAUCCAGCAAGUCUCAUCGUCCAAGAAGCCAACACAAAACGGCACCAAUGGCACACCCGAGCGUGAAUUGACGGAGGAGGAAAAGCUGUGCGCCAAGUUAGAGGAAGAGGCACGUAUUAGCGCCGAAGCACGCUCUUGUACCGGCUCACUAGCCGUACAUCCUCGUUCACGUGAUGUGAAAAUUGCCAAUUUUUCAAUCACAUUCUUCGGCUCCGAGCUGUUGCAAGACACAAUGCUCGAGUUGAAUUGCGGGCGUCGUUAUGGUGUGAUUGGCUUGAACGGCUGUGGCAAGUCAUCAUUGUUGGCAGUGUUAGGUAAACGUGAAGUGCCAAUACCCGACCACAUUGAUAUUUUCCAUUUGACGCGCGAAAUACCGGCGUCUACUAAAACUGCGCUUAAGUGCGUCAUGGAAGUCGAUGAGGAGCGUAUAAAAUUGGAAAAAUUAGCCGAAGAGUUGGCAAUGAGUGAAGAGGAUGAUGCCCAGGAGCAAUUGAUUGAUAUCUACGAGCGACUGGACGACAUGUCAGCCGAUCAGGCUGAGGCAAAGGCUGCACGCAUUCUGCAUGGUCUCGGUUUCGACAAAGACAUGCAACAGAAACAGGCCAAGGACUUUUCUGGUGGUUGGCGCAUGCGUAUCGCGCUUGCCCGUGCACUUUUCGUCAAACCGCAUCUUUUACUUUUGGACGAACCGACUAAUCACUUGGAUUUGGAUGCCUGUGUGUGGCUCGAGGAAGAGUUGAGGGAGUACAAGCGCAUUCUUGUGCUCAUCUCUCAUUCACAAGAUUUUCUCAAUGGUGUCUGCACAAACAUCAUACACAUGACCCAGAAGCGCCUCAAAUACUACACUGGUAAUUAUGAAGCAUUCGUACGCACACGCAUGGAACUGUUGGAGAAUCAGAUGAAGCAAUACAAUUGGGAACAGGAUCAAAUCUCGCAUAUGAAAAACUACAUAGCGCGAUUCGGUCACGGUUCGGCUAAGUUGGCGCGUCAGGCACAAUCUAAAGAAAAGACGCUUGCCAAAAUGGUUGCACAAGGUCUAACCGAAAAGGUGACCGAUGAUAAAGUGUUGAAUUUUUAUUUCCCGUCUUGCGGCACCGUGCCGCCACCGGUUAUUAUGGUGCAGAAUGUCAGUUUCCGCUACAACGAAAAUACUCCAUGGAUCUACAAAAAUCUAGAAUUCGGUAUUGAUUUAGACACACGAUUGGCUUUGGUCGGACCCAAUGGCGCGGGCAAAUCCACACUGCUUAAACUAUUGUACGGCGAUUUGGUGCCCACCUCGGGUAUGAUUCGCAAAAAUUCGCAUUUGCGCAUUGCCCGCUAUCAUCAGCAUUUGCAUGAAUUGCUCGAUUUGGAUGUUAGCCCUUUGGAGUAUAUGAUGCGCGAAUUCCCCGCUGUCAAGGAGAGAGAAGAGAUGCGUAAGAUCAUUGGUCGAUAUGGUUUGACUGGCCGCCAGCAAGUAUGCCCGAUAAGACAACUGUCCGAUGGUCAACGUUGCCGUGUAGUGUUUGCCUGGUUGGCUUGGCAAGUGCCGCAUCUUCUAUUACUUGAUGAACCUACCAAUCACUUGGAUAUGGAAACCAUCGACGCGUUGGCUGAUGCCAUUAAUGAUUUUGAUGGCGGUAUGGUAUUGGUUAGUCACGAUUUCCGACUGAUCAAUCAGGUUGCCGAGGAAAUUUGGGUCUGCGAAAAUGAAACUGUUACGAAAUGGAAGGGCAACAUUUUGGACUACAAGGAUCAUUUGAAAAAUAAAAUUACCAAUGAAAAUGAACGGAAGAAGAAAUAAAUCAAGCAAGCACAUAAUUACAUAUAAAAGCAAAUAUUAUCAACCAAUUUUAAUUUGCUAGCCAAGCGAAUUUUUAUUUAUUUAAACUUUAUGAAACCAAUGAACAUAUGCUUAAAUGAUUGUAACUAAAGCGCGAAAGCAAAACUCUAUAUUCGUAACAUCAAAUUGUCUUAAGAAAGAAAUUAAAACAGCAUUGAAUAUAAGCAUUGAAAAUAUUGCGGAUAUGGGUAAUUUGAAUAAUAGCAGAACUUAAAACUAUUUCCGUGAAACAGAACGACAUUUGUGAUUGAUUGUUUAAGUAAUUUAUUACUCAGUAAAUAUCUACUAUAAAUACUUAUAUGCUAUGCUACAAAUAAUUAAUAUUCUGAAUGUAUUGAAAGCCAUCCAGUCAUCAAAACUGCUAGGCGGUCCCGAGGCUUCUCGGAAUACUAUACAUUUCAGUUUAGAAUACAUCAGUUUUAAAGGAUAACAAUUAUAUAAACUAAACUUGUGCUGAAAUAAGUACCGCUUUUAUGUUCAAUUAGCGGUCAUUUAUUUUUCUGAACACUAAUGGGCAAAACUACUGCCUUUGAAAAAUGAGGUUUGCUAUAAAGUGAACAUAAACCUAUAGGUUACAUAUUAGAAGAUGAAUUUUUUUAUAUUCGGAUAAUAGAAAUCAAGUUCAUGAAAUUGUAUUUAAUCGGCAAUAGAAGAAAAAUGUAUGCCAAAAGCUUUCAACAAAUGAUGAGUGUAAUAAACACGUUGAGAAUAAAUAAAAUUUGCAGGCAUUCAUACACAAAUAA